AUGGAUUUCCAAAACACCAAGCACCUGCUAGCUAGCGCCCAGAAAAUUCGAGCAGACUAUAUUAAUUAUGCCCGAACAACGCCCAUCUCGGUGUCGCAGGCGUCAACGCUGCGGGAUGACGCGGUCAAAGGCCCUGUCUGGGUCAGCAAGUUCUCAACGUCUGCGCCGACCGAGGACACCUCUCGCACCCUUCUUCUAGACCUGGUUGACGAGCUUAAUAUCAAGCAUGUUCCCUAUGAUCGCCCCGAGUCUCAAAGUCUCCGCUUCGAAUGGGUCGGGUUUCGCGGCCACGUUAAUAGAGAUACACCAGAGCCCUCGCUGUCAGAAGUCGAGAAGUUCCAAAGGCUGAGUGAAGAGACUAAAAGCCCGUUGGCUAUACUCUAUAUAUACGGGGGAACCUUUGUGUUGAACACCCCAUCCGCUUACCGGAAGACAAGCGGUUUCCUAGCUCAGUCAACCGGCUCCAAAGUCCUUAUGGUUCACCAGCGCCUGGCGCCGCAAAACCCUUUCCCUGCUGCUUUGCUGGAUGUAUUCCAGGCUUAUCUGAGCCUGUUGUUACCUCCUCCUGGAUCGCCACACCAACCAAUUCCGCCAUCCUCCAUUGUUGUAGCUGCUGAUAGCUCUGGCUCUUGCCUGGCUCUGGGGUUAUUGCAGAUUAUACUACGUCUGAAGCGCAAAGGCGCCGUGAUUAAUUUCCAUGGACAGAGCAUCCCACCAGCAGUGCCCGCCGGAAUGACGUUGGUCAGCCCGAUUAGUGAACUGACCAACUGUCUUCCUUCCUACCAACGUAAUGCUAAAUGGGACAUGUUCCCCGAGAUGGAAAAUAUGCCUUAUCUUGAAGAAACUUUCCCAUCCUGUGCCAUCUGGCCUACUCGUCCCCCGCGUGCUGACCUUUACUGCGAGGGCGGCAUGCUUGCCCAUCCUCUCGCCAGUCCGGCCGCCUCGAAUGACUGGUCUGGAUCGUGUCCCCUCUGGUUUGCAUCAGGCCAGGAACAAACUGUGGACGCCUACCGACUAAUUGCACAGACCGCCCAUUCCCAGGGAGUCUCAGUCACAAUACAGGAGUAUGAGGCCAUGCCGCACACGUUCUUUUUCAUCUACCGACAGGCCCCGCAAACCAAGAAGCUGAUGGGUGACUGGGUGCGAGCGAUACUGCAGUUAUCGCAGGGUCUAAAGCCCGCCUCGAGCGCGAGCAUAAUCCGAGCCAAGGGUCUGGUUUCCGAGUCGAUGGAUCUGGAGAGAUUAGUGCCCUACACUGUGCCUGACGUCCAGCAAAUGAUGUACCAAAGGACUCUCCUGUUCAAGGUUCCCCCGUAUCAUCGGGAUCCUCGAUCGUCUUUGUAA